AUGGAAACCCCGUCUGCCUUUCCUGCGUCUUCUUCUUCAUCUUCACCUUCAGCGGGAGCGAAAUUCUUCACCCGAAUCGCCAACGGGAACCGGUUUUUUUGGACGCUGAUUAUCUUCUCGCUGUUCAAAAUCUUGGACGUCGUUUUCAGCGGGUUCGGGUUGCUGUACCCGUGCUUACUGCCAAUAAGCGCGUACGAAUCGAAAGAUGCUGGGAAGAAAAAGGCUCAUCCAAAGGUUUUACGAUGGCAAGAGUUCAAGUUGAAGGUGUAUUCGCUCGCGCAUUGCGUCUUCAAUGUGGAGAUUCCAAGACGAUACGUGGAUAAGUGUUACGAAAAGUUGAUAAAGGCGAACGAGAGCGUGCCAGAUGCGUUCGUGCAGGAAAUACCGACAAUUUACGACGCGCAUUUAUCAGGGUUUGAUUGUGAAAAGUUCUUUCACGAUUUUGUGAAACGGCCGCAUCCGGUUGUGUUGAAAGGUUUCGCCAAAGAGACGGCAGCGGCGACCCAAUGGACGUUGGAUUCUUUGAUCGCGCGUUUCGGCGAGGACGAGGUGAAACUGAAAACGAAGGACGGUGAUAACGUUCCAGGGAAAAUGAAAGAUUUGAACACGUUUCCAAACUAUUUGCACAACUGUGAAUCGUUAUUUCUGGAGCAUCCAGAGUUGGCGAAGCAAUUACAAGUGAACAGACUGGAGAAACUCGCCGGGAAUAAAAGAAUCGCAAACGACCAUCCGACGCUUGGUCCUUUACCGUUGCAACUCUUCGCGGGCAGAGGCGGUACAGGUACCGCGUUUCAUUGUGCCAACGCGUAUAACUUUUUCUUCCAAAUCGAAGGCGUGAAGAAGUGGACGUUUGUCGAUCCGCGAUGGACGAUGUUCAUGUUCCCGGCAAUCAAUCGAAACGCAAUUUACCAAAGUUGCGCGAUUAAAGAUCCAAAUACGCUCCUCGAGCGCUAUAAACCGUUGUGGCGCGUUGUGCCUCGUUACUCCGCGGUUCUCGAACGCGGCGACGUCCUCUUGAACCCACCGUGGUGGUGGCAUUGCAUCGAGAAUCUAUCUGAUUCCUCCGUUGCGGUGGCCACGAGAUGGGCGGAUUCGAAAACGUUCAACCCAAUCACCGGUUUGGGUAGCGAUGGCAAUCGCUUGUUCACCUCGUUUCAACUCUUCUCGCCGAUUUUUGUCAAAAUGACCUUCUCGAUGUUUCUCGCGGGGACUAGCGGACUGGUCCCAGAAGACGAAAUCGAAGGCGAAGAAGAAGAGACCACCCGUCGUUCGAAGCAAGGCGUUCGUUUCGAGCAAGGGAAUCGCAUGCUCGACGCGUUUAACGAAAACGCAGAAAACGACGCGUACAAAGCCUACUACGCGAAUAAAAAAAAGAGCAGUGAAACAAACAACACGUUUGAUGAUGUUGGCGUUUGA